AUGGCGUGCCUUCGUAAACUCAAAGAGGAUAUUGUUCUAUUGGAGAGAAUCUUCCCAAAACAACAUCAGACUUUUCAGGUAAUUUAGAAAUUGGGGAAAAAGUUUUGGCGCGAAAUAUUGAUCUUUUUGAUAUUAAAUUAACAUAAGGCUAGGAAUAUUUCUAGCGCUAAAAAUCGAAAAUUUGAAUUCAAAUUUGCAAACCGCCAGAUUUUUCAAUUUUUUCCAAAUCUAUUAACCCUCAAAAUUAUUGCCAAUUUUCCUUCAGAUUCUGUCUGCAUCAGUUGACGAGAUCUCAAUGAAAUUCAUCGAUUCAACCGGUCACUCAGUCAUCAUCAAUGCAAACAUCCAAGAGAACUAUCCUCGUCAACCGCCAAUUUGGUUCUCCGAAUCUGACGAUGUUCCAGCAAUCGGAGCCGCACUUCAACGUCUCACUGAAACCAACGAAUCAACUAAUAUUCUUCAUCAAGUCCAUCAUUUAGUCUCCGAACUCUGCUCGUUUUAUCAAAUUAAUAUGCCAGUCGAAUUACCGCAAAUUGCUCCGCCAGCUAGAGAAGAUGUUGAUGAAGGGCAAGGAAGUGAUAUGGGAGAUGAAACUGAAGAUGAUUAUGAUGGAAUGGCAAAUGGUGAUACUGAUGAGGAUGAAGUUGAAGAGGAAGAAGAAGAGGAGGAAGAAGAAAUGAUGGAAGAUGAUGAUGAUGGAGAUGUUGAGAUGAUUCAAAUGGCUGAAGAAGAGCCAAGAAGUUCACAAGAUGAAGGAGUUUCGAAAGAAGGUUUAGAAAUGUUGGAUAAAGUGUCGAGAGUAAAUCGACAACAACAUUUGAAUGGAAGUGUACAAGGAUCGGUGUCAGCAACUGAUCGUUUGAUGAAAGAGAUUCGCGAGAUUCAUAAAUCCGAACAUUUUCGAAAUGGUAUUUACACAUUUAAUUUGGAUAAUGAGGGCGAGAAUUUGUAUGAAUGGUGGAUUAAAUUGCACAAAGUUGAUGCGGAUAGUUUGCUGUUUAAUGAUAUGAAGACUUUGAAUGAUGAACAUAAACAAGAUCAUAUUUUGUUUCAUAUGACGUUUAAUGAGAAUUUUCCAUUUGAUCCGCCCUUUGUGAGACUUGUCGCACCAACUGUGAGUUAAAAAAAAAUUCGAAACUUGUUUUUAAGGAGGGCAUUUUUCAGAAGAUCCGAAGUUUCUGAAAUUUUUUAAAAUGCAAAUUCCAAAAAAAAUCACCGUUCAUCCCAGAAAAACAAAGUUUUGAAACAUCAAAUUUGUCUUCGUGAUAACUACACUUUAUAAGCUUGGCAACUUGUUAAUUUCUAGACGCGGGUUCUAGAGAAUUCGGUUCUCUAGGCUUUGCUACUUGAUCUAGCCGAGAUGUUAUUUUCAAAACCCAUAUUUCUUCCUUUCCAGAUUGUCAAUGGAUUUGUUUUGGGCGGCGGUGCAAUAUGUAUGGAAUUAUUGACAAAACAAGGCUGGAGUUCGGCAUAUUCGAUUGAAAGUGUCAUUCUUCAAAUUGCCGCCACACUUGUCAAAGGAAAAGCGAGAAUUUCGUUUGAUACAUCGAAGAGUGGCCUUAAGGUAAGAUAUUUUGAUAUGAAAAUGUAAUUCUACAGUAGUUUGCCAGUGAGAAGUUCAUGUUUCAGAAUUAAUUUUUCGAAGUUUUUCUGGAAUUUAUAAUUUUCUCUGGAAACAAGUCCUUUCCCAUAAAAUUAGAGCUCAAAAUCUAACACAUCUGGAAAGCCGCAAUUUUCGUAGAGAAAACUUAUAAUUUUUGUGAAAAAAAAUCAUUUACCAGAAAUUUUCUAAAAAGUUCCAGAUUUUGUAAAAAAAAUAAAAUCUUCAUUUUUUUGCAGUCCCACGCGAAUUAUUCAUUCGCCCGUGCUCAACAAUCAUUCAAAUCACUUGUACAAAUUCACAACAAAUCCGGCUGGUAUACACCACCAAAAUCUGAUGGAUAA